AUGCCUCUUAAGGAAACUUUGAAGGAACAGAGAUUUGGAGGUAGUGUCGUCCUAGAAUUACGAAAGAUGAGGCAUACAGAACUACUGAAGGAGCUGAACCGAAUAUUACUAGAAUUAAAAGUCGAAGAACUAUCUAAACAUCAUCACCACCAACACACCUCACAGCGCCUGCAGACCUCCUCACAGCGCCUGCAGACCUCCUCACAGCGCCUGCAGACCUCCUCACAGCGCCUGCAGACCUCCUCACAGCGCCUGCAGACCGCCUCACAGCGCCUGCAGACCUCCUCACAGCGCCUGCAGACCUCCUCACAGCGCCUGCAGACCUCCUCACAGCGCCAGCAGACCGCCUCACAGCGCCUGCAGACCUCCUCACAGCGCCUGCAGACCUCCUCACAGCGCCUGCAAACCUCCUCACAGCGCCUGCAGACCGCCUCACAGCGCCUGCAGACCGCCUCACAGCGCCUGCAGACCGCCUCACAGCGCCUGCAGACCUCCUCACAGCGCCUGCAGACCUCCUCACAGCGCCUGCAGACCUCCUCACAGCGCCUGCAGACCUCCUCACAGCGCCUGCAGACCUCCUCACAGCGCCUGCAGACCUCCUCACAGCGCCUGCAGACCGCCUCACAGCGCCUGCAGACCGCCUCACAGCGCCUGCAGACAGCCUCACAGCGCCUGCAGACCGCCUCACAGCGCCUGCAGACAGCCUCACAGCGCCUGCAGACCUCCUCACAGCACCUGCAGACCUCCUCACAGCGCCUGCAGACCGCCUCACAGCGCCUGCAGACCUCCUCACAGCGCCUGCAGACCUCCUCACAGCGCCUGCAGACCGCCUCACAGCGCCUGCAGACCUCCUCACAGCGCCUGCAGACAGCCUCACAGCGCCUGCAGACCGCCUCACAGCGCCUGCAGACCGCCUCACAGCGCCUGCAGACAGCCUCACAGCGCCUGCAGGCCUCCUCACAGCACCUGCAGACCGCCUCACAGCGCCUGCAAACCGCCUCACAGCGCCUGCAGACAGCCUCACAGCGCCUGCAGACCUCCUCACAGCGCCUGCAGACAGCCUCACAGCGCCACCAACACGCCUCACAGCGCUUGCAGACCGCCUCACAGCGCCUGCAGACCGCCUCACAGCGCCUGCAGACAGCCUCACAGCGCCACCAACACGCCUCACAGCGCUUGCAGACCGCCUCACAGCGCCUGCAGACCUCCUCACAGCGCCUGCAGACCGCCUCACAGCGCCUGCAGACCUCCUCACAGCGCCUGCAGACCUCCUCACAGCGCCUGCAAACCUCCUCACAGCGCCUGCAGACCUCCUCACAGCGCCUGCAGACCGCCUCACAGCGCCUGCAAACCGCCUCACAGCGCCUGCAGACCGCCUCACAGCGCCUGCAGACCUCCUCACAGCGCCUGCAGACCGCCUUACAGCGCCUGCAGACCUCCUCACAGCGCCUGCAGCACGCCUCACAGCACCUGCAGACCUCCUCACAGCGCCUGCAGACCGCCUCACAGCGCCUGCAGACCGCCUCACAGCACCUGCAGACCGCCUCACAGCGCCUGCAGACCGCCUCACAGCACCUGCAGACCGCCUCACAGCGCCUGCAGACCGCCUCACAGCGCCUGCAGACCGCCUCACAGCGCCUGCAGACCGCCUCACAGCGCCUGCAGACCUCCUCACAGCGCCUGCAGACCGCCUUACAGCGCCUGCAGACCUCCUCACAGCGCCUGCAGCACGCCUCACAGCACCUGCAGACCUCCUCACAGCGCCUGCAGACCGCCUCACAGCGCCUGCAGACCGCCUCACAGCACCUGCAGACCGCCUCACAGCGCCUGCAGACCGCCUCACAGCACCUGCAGACCGCCUCACAGCGCCUGCAGACCGCCUCACAGCACCUGCAGACCGCCUCACAGCGCCUGCAGACCGCCUCACAGCACCUGCAGACCGCCUCACAGCGCCUGCAGACCGCCUCACAGCACCUGCAGACCGCCUCACAGCGCCUGCAGACCGCCUCACAGCACCUGCAGACCGCCUCACAGCGCCUGCAGACCUCCUCACAGCGCCUGCAGCACGCCUCACAGCACCUGCAGACCUCCUCACAGCGCCUGCAGACCGCCUCACAGCGCCUGCAGACCGCCUCACAGCACCUGCAGACCGCCUCACAGCGCCUGCAGACCGCCUCACAGCACCUGCAGACCGCCUCACAGCGCCUGCAGACCGCCUCACAGCACCUGCAGACCGCCUCACAGCGCCUGCAGACCGCCUCACAGCUCCUGCAGACCGCCUCACAGCGCCUGCAGACCGCCUCACAGCGCCUGCAGACCGCCUCACAGCGCCUGCAGACCGCCUCACAGCGCCUGCAGACCUCCUCACAGCGCCUGCAGACCGCCUCACAGCGCCUGCAGACCGCCUCACAGCGCCUGCAGACCGCCUCACAGCGCCUGCAGACCGCCUCACAGCGCCUGCAGACCUCCUCACAGCGCCUGCAGCACGCCUCACAGCACCUGCAGACCUCCUCACAGCGCCUGCAGACCGCCUCACAGCGCCUGCAGACCGCCUCACAGCACCUGCAGACCGCCUCACAGCGCCUGCAGACCGCCUCACAGCACCUGCAGACCGCCUUACAGCGCCUGCAGACCUCCUCACAGCACCUGCAGACCGCCUCACAGCGCCUGCAGACCGCCUCACAGCACCUGCAGACCUCCUCACAGCGCCUGCAGACCGCCUCACAGCGCCUCGCCUGCAGCACGCCUCACAGCACCUGCAGACCUCCGUCACAGCGCCUGCAGACCGCCUCACAGCGCCUGCAGACCGCCUCACAGCACCUGCAGACCGCCUCACAGCGCCUGCAGACCGCCUCACAGCACCUGCAGACCGCCUCACAGCGCCUGCAGACCGCCUCACAGCACCUGCAGACCGCCUCACAGCGCCUGCAGACCGCCUCACAGCACCUGCAGACCGCCUCACAGCGCCUGCAGACCGCCUCACAGCGCCUGCAGACCGCCUCACAGCGCCUGCAGACCGCCUCACAGCGCCUGCAGACCUCCUCACAGCGCCUGCAGACCGCCUCACAGCGCCUGCAGACCGCCUCACAGCGCCUGCAGACCGCCUCACAGCGCCUGCAGACCGCCUCACAGCGCCUGCAGACCUCCUCACAGCGCCUGCAGACCGCCUCACAGCGCCUGCAGACCUCCUCACAGCGCCUGCAGACCUCCUCACAGCGCCUGCAGACCGCCUCACAGCGCCUGCAGACCUCCUCACAGCGCCUGCAGACCGCCUCACAGCGCCUGCAGACCGCCUCACAGCGCCUGCAGACCGCCUCACAGCGCCUGCAGACCGCCUCACAGCGCCUGCAGACCGCCUCACAGCGCCUGCAGACCGCCUCACAGCGCCUCAGGUAA